AAGCAUACAGCAUCCAUUCGCAUCUUAGUUACGAGAGUUCUCACAUAUAACAAAUAAAAAUGUUUUUCAAAACUUUGAUCUUUGCCGCUUUAUUGGCCGGCAUUAACUGUAGAUACAUUUUAAUUGACGAAGAUUAUUUGCCCGAAUUCAUUGAGCAUUCGAGGGUAAGGAGACAAGUGCAGGUGGGAGCUGGUCUUGAUAAUAAGGGGAACUGGGACUUGGCAGGCAAAGUGCCGCUUGCGAAGUCUGAUACUAACAUUCUCAGUGCAACUGGUAUGGCUACGAUGGACCCUAGCAACAAGCUGACCUCGUAUGGAGCUGGUGUGGCUUUGGAUAAUAUAAAUGGCCACGGGCUCAGCCUGUCUGCUAGACAGAUCCCAGACUUCGGGAAGCAGUUGACAGCUGCGGCAAAGUUAAACGUUCUCAACACACCUAACCACAAUUUGGACGCGAAUGCGUUUGUUACAAAGAAUAUGCCAAGUAUACCGAAUGUACCAAACUUCAACACCUAUGGCGCAGGCGCGGAUUACAUGUACAAGAACACGCUCGGAGCUUCACUAGGCGCAGCACGCACUGAUUUCCUUCAAAAGACUGAUGUAUCUGCGAUGGGAAAACUAAAUCUCUUCAAGACGCCUAGCUCUUCACUCGAUUUCGGCGCUGGUGCAACGCGAUCCUUUUCUCCCUUCAUACCAAAGAGCAGUUGGCAACCGGCGUUUAACUUAAACUUUAUGAAAUCAUUUUAAUUAGUUUAAAUUGUCGUAAAUUCAGCAUAGAGAAAAGACAAAUGUGAAGAAUUGGUAUUUUCGGCUGUAUUAAUCAACAAAAUCACUGUCAAUUUACUUGUGAUACAGAUAGUUGAAUGAUAUUGAAUUCGAAAUCAAAAAUUUAGCUAUAAGGUUCAAAGUAUUGGCGUUAUGUAAACUUGAACUUAAUAUUUAAGUUCAAGUCCAAUCUAAGUAGGGUAUAAAUGUAUAAUAAUUAUAAAAUGACCAUAGAGGUUAAAAAUUAGUAAGACAAUGUGCCUCCUUAAUUUAGUGCAAUCAAUUAUUACAAAUAAAUAAUAGAAAACAUA